AUCUAAACUAACAGUGAGCACUCUCGAGGUGUGAGGAACUGAAAACGGCUCUUCGCGCGGCCCGAUGGAAAGCCACUGCAUCCAGUUUGUAUAACAAAUAGACAAACGUUUCCGCUUGUGUAUUUACUCGGUAAUGUCGGCAGCAACAUCAGUGGAAUCGAAACGGACUGUUGGCAUAUGCUGUCGUCUUGUAACAAGGUGUAGUGGUCUUCAUGGCGGCCAGCAGCGUGGUUCCUGGGGACAAUCUGCCCGUAUAUAAGCUGGUGGUGGUGGGCGACGGUGGCGUAGGCAAGAGCGCACUCACUAUCCAGUUUUUCCAGAAGAUCUUCGUGCCCGAUUACGACCCUACCAUUGAGGACUCCUACCUCAAGCACACUGAGAUCGACGGCCAGUGGGCCAUUCUGGACGUUCUGGACACAGCCGGGCAGGAGGAGUUCAGUGCGAUGAGAGAGCAGUACAUGAGGACAGGAGACGGUUUCCUCAUCGUCUUCUCCGUCACUGAUAAAGCCAGCUUUGAACAUGUGGACCGUUUCCAUCAGCUCAUCCUCAGAGUCAAAGACAGAGAGUCGUUUCCUAUGGUUCUGGUGGCCAAUAAAGUGGACCUGGUGCAUUUACGCAAGAUCACAAGUGAGCAGGGCCGAGAGAUGGCCUCCAAACACAGUAUCACGUAUAUCGAGACGAGUGCGAAAGAUCCACCAAUGAAUGUAGACAAAGCCUUUCACGAGCUGGUCAGAGUCAUACGUCAGCAGAUCCCGGAACGGGGCCUGAAGAAAAAGCGGAAAGGCAAAUGGCGAGCGGACAGACCUUCGGCUUCCCAGAGGCUGCACUGCGUCUUACUGUGAGCGCAAACCCUCUAUCUCUGGGCGUCAACGCCGCGAUGACCACAUCCUGACUGUUAAAACAAACACACACACACAUCAUAAUAUCCAGGAAGUAGAGAAAAUACAGCCUGAGCAUUCCACUAUUUUACGACAGAAUUUUGAAUUUUUCAAAAUUCCGGAAAAAAAAAAUGUAUAAAAAUGUGGAAUUUCAGGCCGUUUUAGUUUGAUUUUCUUGAUCCGUCAGGAUUCUUGCGCUGUUCACUCUCGUAUCCUCUCAGAGAACAAUUCAGAGACACACUUUCUGAGGCCUUGUUUUGUAUAGUGUUUCUAUAUAUUUAUUGUGCCGAUUUCUAUAUUGUUACGUGAUUGUUAAUACAGCGAAAAGGCUUCGGAAUAAUCUGUAUGGGUCAGAAAUGCACAACUGGUAUAUAAACACACACACAUCUGUAUGUAGAUGUAGAAGUCUUCGAAAAAGGGGGCGGAGCAAAUUCUGGUUACCAUAGAUACCACAAUGUUAUGAUUAUGCAUUACAAUACAUUUCUAAAACGGCACUAAAAGCUAGAAACAAAUAAAAACUUUUGAUCCAAUUUUGGCUAUUCGUUUAGACAACGUUUUAGUUAACAUUGUUAACGCUAGUUAAUAGCAUAGACUGUAAAAGAUAUGGACGUAGUAUCCGUGACAUCACCCAUACGCAAAAGAAGCGUAGGCGUGUUCACCAGGCACCAUUUCGUUCGCGGGUAAUCACACCGAUCGGGGGAUACCAAACGAGGGCAAAGUGGUGGAGCGUGAGAGGAGCUAUACAUGCCUGCUGGAAUUUUGCUUUGACCGGCUUUUCUUUGGGAGAAACGCUUAAUACUUCAUUACCUGCGACUCAUUGGUGUUCUGGCCACAUGUGCUUGGUUGUAUACUAUAUCAAUAAAGUGUUUAGACUUUUAAAAACACAAUUGUAAUGCUUUGAGCAACUAAGCAUUGUUCUUAUGACGUUUUUCUAAAGGAGUAAAGUGCGAAUUACUUUCAAAAACCUAAAAUAUAGGCUGUGUUAGUAAAUGCAAGGCUAUUUAUGAAAUCUAGGCACAACACUGUAUGACAACGUUUCAGUUCUAUAGCCUACAGCUAAUCGAUCUUUCAGAUUCUGGAGUGAUUUACAGGUCUAAACAAAAUUAUAAAUGAUAAAUGAUUUUAAAUCAAAUAAAUACAUUUAUAGAUUUGGUAUAUAAGUAUAAAAUUUUACUCACCUGGGACAUGGAGGCCAAGUAAAUGGUUUGUGAGCACAAUUAAGUGCACACAGCAUGCCAUUUCAUAUAAUAAUUGUAGGAAAGAAUCCCAAAAAGCAAUUGACUGUGUAAAGCCACAUAAAACAAAACAAAAAUACGAUGUAUAUGCCAAUUUCAGUGGUUAAUCAGCCAGAAUGACAUGACGGCGAUAAGCGAGACCUAGCUUUCACUCAAGUGGCCACGCCCUUAAUUAUGCUGACUUAAUAUAACUGAAUAAAAAUGAAAUGCAUGAAAAAAUUCACUCCCCUCACAGUUGUCAUGAACAGUAAUAUAAGCAAUAUGAACCAAAACCAUCUUUUGUACCAGGUUGUUAACAUGUUUCUAUCAGCUGUAAAAUUGGCCAAUUUAGCAUUGCAGUCAGUGGACAUCCGGAGUUUAUGGAGCCAGCCACCAAAGGCGAGUCAGUGAAUUGCAGUUUCAGUUACUUCCGUAUUGGCUUCACGAGGGAGAGCGGGAGGUUGUCGCUUGGUUAAUAGUUAACGCUUUUUUUUGAAAAACUGUGAAUCUAUUCGCAAGUGUAUUACGUGUUCACUUUAUAGUCAUGAGUGUGUACUCUACAGCCAAAAAACAAUGGUGACUAAAAGACUAUUUGUGGAGGCAUAUAGUGUUUCUUUACUAAAUGACAAUGCGACAAUGCGUGGUGUAAACAAUACACAUUUAUUUGUUAUUUCCGCUGAAUGUAUUCACAAACAUUUUUGUUUCUACACAAUUUUUCUGUUUAACUCUUUGUUGUGUUUUAAUAUUUUUUACUUUAAAACUGAAAACAAUCUAUUCUCUCUCGAUUUUCUGCUUAUAAACAAAUGGGUAACUAUGGUAACCCGGAUUGCAUUUUCUGCCGCUAAACCAAACCCCCGAUUUCUGAUCGUAUCCAUAAACACUUUCAGACAGAUUGAUGACGUUAUGUAAGCUCAACUUUAAUGAUAUUUAUUGUUAUUCUAUGAUCUGUAAGUUGAUCAUAGAUCAGGACCAUCACGAUGAAAGUUUUGUACAUUUAAUGCCUGAAUUACGUUGCCAUAAAACUGAUUUGAUCAGUAAUUGCACAAAAAAUAAUGUUACAGUGUUACAUUGUGUCUCUGAUGCUUCUGUUAUACAGUUACAAUGUAAUCUUCUACAUUGUGACAUCAUAGAUCGGUUUGAACUUGUGUUGUCAUUUAUUUUUUUCUCGUCUUGAAUGCAUCGUCACUUUACUUUGAAUGUGUUUGGGCUUGUUUUGAAGUUCUCAUCGAUGUUUUGAAUGUAUCGUUUGUUGCUCUUUUCGCCAGUUUUGCUUUUGGAUGUUUCGAAAAGGUCCAGCUUUAGUGUUUAGCAAAUUAAAAGGAACAUUGUCCAAGUAGCCGGUUCAGGCUGCCUCCUUCGUUUUGUGGUUGUGAUUUUCUUACAGUAUGUGUUACUUUAAUCUUACGAAAGCAGAUCUGUUUUGUUUUAAAAACUGGACGUCCUUCUGACAUUUCUGACUUUGUUUGGAAAAACUUGGUGCAAAUUUUUGUGGUUCAGUUAUUACUGGAUUUCUUUUUUAAAUAAUUUAUUAUACAAAUUCUAUGUAUUCUGUGACCAUGUUUGUAUGAAGACGAUUAAGGCCAAAAACUGCUUUGAAAAAGAAGGGAAUUUUUGCAUCAAGAAUAUUGUAAGAGUUUGUAAAAUGGAAUAUAAACAUAUUAUAAUAAAAAUCUAAUAAACCAAUCAA